AUGCAGUUAUUUUCAAAUCUCCCGAUUGAAUUGCGCAUCAAAAUUUGGGAGCAUGCUCUUCCUGGCGGGAGAUAUAUUGAGAUCUAUCCAACUUUCGUGAGUCGUAAAGAGAUCGGAUGGAUUGCUGUACAUUGUAAAUGUUCAGCUCGCUGUCAUCGUCUGCCCUCUAUAGCCCACGUCAGUUCAGAAGCUCGAGCUGUAUUUUUCCGCCACUUCACCACUUGUUUCAACACGUACGUUCAAUGGAAGAACGAUACUAUCCUCAUUCAAAGUACAUCGGUCAUUAAACGCAACCUACCCCUUGAUGCAGGCUCAAAAGAAAUACAAGCUUUGGACAGAAUAGUUUCAGAAAGUCCGAGAAGCUCUGAAUUGUCGUCCUUUGCUGUCACAGCAAACCGCUCAUGGGCUCGUAAUGGAUUACCCCACUUUCUGAGGGCAUUCAAAAUUUCUGAGCCGCAAAGAUCCCUCAAUUUUGGAACUACUGUCCCCGAAUUGCUACUCGUUGUAGGCGCCCAAUUGCGUUACAAGGGGCGAAGAACUAGUUUCGAUGGAUUGAGAUUGGAUUUUUUUGAUGACGACCCUAUGGACCCCAAUCAGCAACUGGAAAGACUUAUAACAGAGAAUACCAUGAGAUCAUGGCGGGAUAUAUGGGAAAAGGAGGGGGAUGGGACGCCACCACCGUUUCGAAUGGUGUCUUUCCGAAAAGGUGCCCCAAAUUGCUUCAAGAAUCUGUGA